AUAAAAGCAUUCAUGUGAAAAAACAAAGUUUGUUAAAAUCUGUCUUCCAGGUAAGCAAAACAACUCCUCAGACUAAAUCAGGUAUAGAAGAUGAUGAAAUUAUUGUAGCUGAUUCUGUUUCAGUUCUUCUUUCACCACAAUUUAGUAGGGAUGAACACAAGAAUUGUGAGCUUUCCCAGGACCAAUCUUGCAAAGAGUCUGAGAGGACAUUAUUUAAAAGUGCAUUGAAACUCAUUGGUCUGGGAGAAGACUUCACUGGGUAAGAUAGCAAAUGAUAAGCAAGCAUCUGGAUUUUUGAGCCUCUUUAAAACCCAGGUCAAUCAAAAAGAAUCACCGAACUUAGAAAAGGAUGGUGACAGAAAUAGAAAGGCUUCUCAGGAAAAGAAGGAAUCUCCUGUUUCAAACUUCUUUGGUACCUUGGGGGAUUUCUUUAAAACCCCCAAUAUACAGACAGCUGAAAAUACAUCUAUUUUUUCAGUGACUAAGAGGAUGAAGUCAAAUCAAAUCCUAAUCUAGUACAGUUAACUAGCCAGGAUGUUGGGAACUCUCCUGCUGCACCAGUUUCCUAUAAAGGGAAGGUUAGAUUUAGAAGUCUGAACAAGCAGACUACUAUUGAUAAAAAUGGGGUCAAAGAACCAUUGACUAGGAAGCUCCUGGGAAAUAAUUUUACUGAAAAAGAGGUACCCUCCAGAUACCAUCUAAUCCAGCAGUCAUCAAAUCCAUCUACAAGUUGUCUCAAAGUGUCUUCCAAAGAUUCCUCAAAGGAAGCUAGUGUUGUGUCCACAGUGAUAGAAGUAUCAAGAAGUAAUAAAAUACCUUUUGAUAACCUGAGCAGAAGAAAUUCAAAUGAACAAAAUCACUUUUCUGACAGAGACUGGGUUUUUUCAACUGCCACAACAUCUCCUUCCCAAAAAGAGUUACCAGUCAAAAAGAGUAUAUUUUCUUUCCUGACUGGAUCUGAAAAAUCUGAGAACAGAGCCUCUGUUACUCUACCAAGAAUCAAAUCUGAAGCAGAAGGGCUGUUCAGAUUUCCUUCCCUUUUCCCCUCUACUAGCUCAAACAGCAAGAAGGAUGCCUCUCAUAGUAUCUCUCCUUCUAGUUUCUUCAGCUUGUCCUUUUUGGAUGAAAAGCGGGAGACUUCUGGGGAAAAACAUAGUCUAUCAACUGUUCCAGUAACUUCCCAACUUUGUAAGAAAUCAAAUGCUCUUGAUGACACAAUGACUGGAGAGGUUUACAAUGACACUGGAGGGUGCAUUGUUAAGGAGAUAGCUCAUGAACAGCAAAUGGCUCCUUUUGUUUCCAUCAGCAACACCAUUGAGGUUACUGCCUCCUUUGCAGAUGAGCUCACAGUAGAGAAGGACUAUCAGGGAAAACUGAGCUCCAUAAAUAAUGGGGUAGGGACAUCUUUAGCAGAAUUCCAGAUGAAUCAGUUACAAAAAGACUUUGUUCUUCAUUCACCAGGAUUUCAGGCACAGGCUGAAACACUCCUCAUUGGCCUAGAAACCCUUGGGGUAGCUAGCUGUGGAGAAGAGACUUUCAGCCAGGAAGCCAAAUCUUUUCCACAUAAUAGCCAUUUGAUUGAAAAGCUCAACAACUUAGAAACUUGUCCUAACAGCCACCAAAAUGGAAGAGUUGCUAGUAAACCUCUGAACUUGCCAUUUGAAAAGGCCCCUGAUGAGGUCUUAGCACAGAUCCUAGUGAGAAACACCUCCUCUGCAGAGCCAGGGUGUGCAGAGCACCACCAGAACCGAGAUGCAGAUAAAGAGGAAGACAAAUCAGUUAUGAGCUCUUCAGCAGAAAUGCUUUCGGGGUUUGUCACCAAAGUGAAGUCUUUCUCUGGGUGCUUAAUUGAAUCUCCAAAAACUUUCUCUGGACUUUUCUCCUCUCUUAAAUCUCCAAAGAAAAACUUGUUUUUCUCUCUUUCUUCUGGUGCACCAUCUCAGCCCCUUAAUAAUGAGGUUUUUUUGAGUUUUCAAAAGUCCCAAACUAGAGACAGACAAGCAAGAAUCAUCUAUCCCUGCUACUGCAUGGCCUUAAAAUGGUAG